ACGCGGCACUAGAAAGAAGCACUAGUUCCGCAGUUGGAAUUCCGAGCUCGUUUUAACUCGAGAUUCCAGUUGGUUUGAACGCGGCAGUAGUGAGCUAGUUGGAGGAAGGAACACUCACUCAGUCCACCAUGGCGGAGACGCACAGUUUACAGGAGCUGCAGCAACAAGCAGCCGUCGCCUCCAAAGUGUAUGUCCAGAGGGACUACAACUCGGGUAAAAUCUGCAAGUUCCAGACCAAGUUCCCCUCAGAGCUGGAGUCCAGGGUUGAUAAGCAGCAGUUUGAGGAGACUAUGCAGACACUUAACAACCUUUACGCCGAGGCUGAGAAAAUUGGUGGCAAGUCUUACCUGGAGGGCUGCUUAGCCUGCAUGACCGCCUACACAAUCUUCCUCUGUAUGGAGACCCACUAUGAGAAAGUAUUGAAGAAAAUCGCUAGGUUCGUCAAGGAGCAGAAUGAGAAGAUCUACGCUCCUCUGGGACUCCUGCUGACAGACCCAAUAGAGAGAGGUCUCAGGGUUGUAUCCAUUACUGUCUUGGAGGCUCACACAAACAGGGUUGAAAUCACCAUUUUUGAGGACAGAAGUAUUGGCUCCGGAAGAUGAACCACACCAAAGGAGGGCCUAUUUGACCUGGUGCAUCUCAAUUAUCUCACAACACCCAUCAAUAAUUCCUUCUGGAUGUAGGUGGAUGUCUUUCUGGAUGUAGAUAAUUGUUUUUAUUUAUUUCACAAAAGAGAUGGGCUAUGUGUGCUAGUAACCUAUAACCCGCUGAAACAAACACUCCCUGUUUUUACAUGUUUAUUGAGAUUAUUAAUUUGAACAUGUGAAAAUGUCUUAUUCUAGUUAACCAAUACCACACCUUUAGUAUGAAUGGUGCCGUUUUCUUUUGUAUUGCCAUUUUAAACUCUUACUCAUUUAAGGUGCAUUGUGUAAUAUCUCCAAAUACAAAUAGCCUUUAAAGGUGUAGUUCACCCACAGUUUUUAAACCUGUGUUUAAUAUACCCGCUUUGGUUCACCAAAAUUACAACAUUAGCAAGAUGGUUCCUUAACUUGACAGUUGUCUACGGGCCAGGAGAAACUGUAAUCCACGACGAUACAUAUUUUUCUACUAAGCCGCUGACACCAACUGGGUGAUUCUCACGAAGCUGGCACUUAACAAGAAAUAAACACAUUUUCCACCACAAUUCCUCUAAGAAUAGGAUCUCUAGUUAUCUAUUUAAGAAUUAUUGUUAUGUUUAUUUAUCAGAUAUUAUGCAUUUCCACAACUACCAAUGCAAACAUUUUCAUUACCGUAAUAGUUUUCGAAGUCCCCAAAAAGUAAUAGAAAAACCAAUUUAUAUAUAUUUUUUUUAACAUUGCUCACCUAAUGAAAAGGCCCGAGUUUAACACUGAAAACAAAUAUAUUUAAAAUUAAAUUAUUCAUGUGUUUUGUAAUUUUUCAUUACUGCAACAUACAACCUUUUCUGAAUCUUGUUUUUUUGGUGAUAAUUACUUGUUUUAAUGUAAACCUAUUUGGAUAAAGAACAAAAGGCACACUAUCAAAUUAAGCCAACAUUACUAGUAUACAUUUGACUUUUUGUAAUAUUUCCUAAAUAUUGGUUUAUUACGGUAAUGAUAAGUUGGAUCCGGCGAUGAGAAUACAUGUUUUGGUAAUGAGUGUUGCAUAGUUUGCAGUUUAAAAACUGUACUGAGCUCUGUUAGAUUCAUCAUCAAAAUGUGUCAUUUGUCAAUCCCUAAUGAUUUGGGUAAUAUGAAAAUCACUGGUCUUAAUACAAUUGACUAAAAUACCUUAAUUUAGCAUAAGUACUGUAAUUACGUGCAUGUAUUUUUAAAAGUGAAAGUGGACUUAAGCAUAAAAAGGUGACACUUUCUACAGGUAAUAUUGGUGUAUUAGGAUGUGGAUAUGUGUGGUUCUAAGGUAUUUUAGAUGGGUUUGUAAAUUGAAUGGCAUUUUAUGGGCAAAUGGCAUAGCAUGAUAUGCCAAAAAAGUAUCUGUGGGAUAUUUACCAAAAAGAGAGGUAAAACAGGUUCACAUGUCAAAAUGGGGGAUAUCCUCCUUUAAGUGGCAAGGCUGCUCUUUGUUGAAACAAACUCCAGAUUGUGGCUUUAGGUAAAUUAAAUAGGGUUUACACCCAUAAUUAUUUGAUCGAAUAACUGAUGUUUUACCAAAAAUCUAUACAAUAGGUGUAAGCUGUAGUCCUCGUAAAUAAUUAGUUACCACCACAGCACACCCAUCGACUAUACAUUAAAAUGAGGUUAUUAUUGUUACCGAAAUUAAGAUUCUCAUUAACGAAAGACAUAAGUGAUGCGGUAAUGAGGCACUUAGCUCAGUCUGCUGUCUCCUAUUGCUUGCAAAUGGACCACAUCACUAAAGCCCAUUCAUGCCUCUAUGCUGGUAAGGUGAUGGUUCGCUACGUUUUUCCCAAUUUUAGCAUUUUUCUCAUUUUGGUAAUGAGGUCGUCAAGUGUCGUAAAGGGGAGAAUAAGAUCCUCAUUCUGAAGACCUAAAUAAAGAUUAAAUUAACUUUUGUGUUCAUGGAAGGACUACUUCUCUAGAAGCAUCAUGGGUGAAUAAAACUUUAUAAAAAAUGAAUAUAGGAGUUUUUACAGUCAUUUGAAAGUGUUACGGUAAUGAGAAACAUGUCCACAGACACUCUUUUUAUGUAAUAAAUAUAGUUUUAAUGUAAACUUCCAACUAGUACAGAAUUGGUAUGAUUUAUCUUAAAACUGCAGAAACAUAUUGUGUUUAUUCAAAUAAGUUAGGUUUUUCUAGUAAUAGUAGUACCAUUUUAUAAAAUUACCCCGUUUUAAUCCGGAUGCAUUUUGGUAAUGAUCAUUUGGGGUGAAAAUGUAAGGCACUAUGCCAUAAACUAAGCAUCUUAGUCUUAAGAAUGAUUGUUGCAGAUGCAUCAUGGUUGUAUAACUCAAUUUGUUACUGCUAUGGUUAAAAGUUGUUUCAUGAGAAUCAGCCAACUGCUGACUUGAGCAUUAAUGACCAAAAACAAUGAGAGGGGAAUGGGGCAUUGCUAGCACGUUCCAACUUGUGGAUUUUUGUUCUUGGAGGUUGCAAACUUAAAACAGUAACAACAUUUCAAUCCUGAUAAGUUUAUGAAUUGUUAAUUCAGGUAUUACUAAAUUGUACUCCUCAAAAAUCAACAAAGUCCGUGCUAAAAUGUGACAUACUGUACCUUUUAUUCAGCCUCCUGUCAUUUUGUAUGCAAAUGUUCAUGAAGAGAACUAAUUGAGUUGGUGUGGGUGCACUUUUGGCCACCUUAGCGGGCUAUUCAAUAUGAACUUGUUUCGUAUGCAACAUGUUGUGUGGGUCUGCAUAGUAUUAUGAAGAUGUCUGUUCUGUAGUGACAGUUAACCACAGUGUUUUAAGCACACAGGUUACCUGUUAUUGCCAAUAUGAAUCAGGUUUUCACAUUGGCUAGUUUAAUUUAUGAAUUUGUAAGAAAAGGUUAAAAAUCACUUACCGAGAUCUGACCUCAAUAUUGUCACUGCUUACCUUGACUUAAUGUGAAUUGACAGGAAUUGGGACUCCAACCCUGACUGUGGUUUAGCAUAAUUAUGAAGAGUUUUUAGACUACCCCAUAUCCUUGAUGUUGUCCAAUUAUGUGUAAAUAAUUAUUGACCACAACACAAAAUCACCACAGAAACCUUAAGCAUGCUUUGACUCUCAAUGGUGUAUACGACUGCCUGUUAAUUCCUAAUUAUUGUAUUGUUUGUUCUUAUUAUAUGUACUGUAUCGAUUAAUAAACUAUUUUCUUGAAAAAUCUAAAAA